CAGGGUCACGUGGCUGGCCGCAGUGUGUUGAUCGAGCCGGGCUGGGCUCAGGUGGUGCAGUGCUGGCUGUACUGGAGAUACGGGUUUGUGCUGCUGGUUCUCCGGGUUUAGAGUUGGGAGAUGAUCAGCGGAUCUUCGGGAUUCACCUCUCACCGCCCACUCGCGCUGACCGUCACUGUCCCGGUCAUCUCCCGCCGCCAUUACUCCGCUCUGACCCGGACGGCGCGCGCAGCUAUAUUUACAUACAGCCUGUCUGUCUGACUGACUGACUGUCUGUCUGUCUGCCUGUGUGGAAGGGGUUAAUUUUUGUUAUUCUGGGGUUAUGCCAGGAACUCAUCCAAAACCCAAAAUAACAGCCUGUUUUUAGCUAGAACCCCCAUCCCUGCUCCAGCCUGUGUUAGCCAGAACCUGAUUUUAUCUAGAACCCCAGCUCUCCAGGAUGUUUGACACCAAAGGAAUCCCCUUCGUGCUGCUGGACCUCGCCUGCCUCGUGCUAGCGGGUCUUCCUCUGGCGGCGUUUAACCUGGCUAAGAUAAAGCCGUAUCGGAGGGGCUUUUUCUGUAACGAUGAGAGCAUCGGUUACCCCUUUCACUCCAGCACCGUCACCUCCACCACCCUCUACACCGUCGGCUUCACACUGCCCAUCUGCAGUAUGGUGGUGGGAGAGUGUCUCUCAGUCCAUCUAAACCGCCUCAAAUCCAAGUCCUCUUUCAGUAACAGCUACGUGGCGUGCGUUUAUAAGGCAGUGGGAACCUUCGUGUUCGGCGCCGCUAUGAGCCAGUCCCUCACCGACAUCGCCAAGUACUCCAUCGGCCGGCUGCGGCCGCAUUUCCUCGACGUGUGCAAACCCGACUGGAGGCUGAUCAACUGCUCGGCCGGAGCCUACAUCGAGAACUUCACCUGCACAGGAGACAAGACCAUGGUCAACGAGGGCAGACUGUCCUUCUACUCAGGCCACUCCUCCUUCUCCAUGUACUGCAUGCUGUUCCUGGCACUGUAUCUACAGGCUCGAAUGCAGGCUGAAUGGGCUCGGCUCCUGCGACCCACAAUCCAGUUCUUCCUGAUCGCCGCAUCCGUCUACACCGGCCUGUCCCGCGUCUCUGACUACAAACACCACUGGAGCGACGUCCUCACCGGCCUCAUCCAGGGAGCCGUCAUGGCCAUACUGGUGGUGUUCUUCGUGUCGGAUUUCUUUAAGAAGCCAGUUCAGCCUCAGAAACCCGUGGAGAUUCCUCACACCACCCUGCAGGAGACGCCCACCAACGGCAACCACUACGACAGCCCCAACUGAAGCUACUGAACCAAUUUUUUUUUCCCAGCAUGCACAUAGUGAAGGCCGGACCACUGGGGUGGAAACCUGUGAAUGUAAACCCACUGCUUCCUGCAGAGCGCUCUCUCUUUCUCUGUGUGCGAGUGUGUGUGAUUGUGCGUGUAUAUUAUAUAUAAAUAUAUAAAUAUCUAUAUGACUCAACUCCUUACAGACUAUGUCCCAUGAUGCCUUGCUGCCUGGGCUGCUAAUGCUGCUACCACUGCGUCCUGUGUAUGAUGCCCCACCCCCUCCCCGUCCCUCCUCUGUAUCAUAUGCUACCAGUCAUGUACCUGGAAGAAGAAGAAAAAAAAUUUCCUUUUUUAUUUGUAUGAGAGAAUAAUCACUAUACAGAUUUUUUUUUUUUAUUAAAAUGAUGUUUAAAAGAAAUAUGUACAAAAAAAAAGGAACCCAUUAUGCCUGUUAACCUGAACACAAAUAAAACAUCCGUCACUUUCA